AUGACUAAAAUUUUGAAAUUGCAGAACGAUACGAGUGAUAGUACAGAUGCUCUUAGUCAACUUUCGACAGAGCAGAUUGAACAAUUCCGGAAAUAUUUCAAUAUGUUUGAUAAAGAAAACGAAGGUUUUAUCAGAGCAACACAAAUUGGCCAAAUUUUAAGAACUAUGGGCCAAGCAUUCGAAGAACGAGAUUUGAAACAACUUAUCAAAGAGUUCGAUACCGACGGAUCGGGUGAGAUUGAAUUCGAAGAAUUUGCAGCAAUGAUUGCUAAUUUUGUUGUUGAAGAUGGAAAUGCCUACGUUGAAGAAGAAUUGCGAGAAGCAUUUCGUUUGUACGAUAAGGAAGGUAAUGGUUACAUAGCAGUAUCAGAUUUGCGUGAUAUUUUACGAGCAUUGGAUGAAAAUAUCUCUGAGGAAGAAUUGGAUGAAAUGAUUGCUGAUAUUGAUACAGAUGGUUCUGGUACUGUUGAUUUUGAUGAAUUUAUGGAAAUGAUGUCCGGUGAGUGA